AUGGCAGGAGACAGUCUAGGGGCCCGUUUCUACCGGCAGAUAAAAAGACACCCUGGGCUCAUCCCCAUGAUUGGCUUCAUCUGCUUGGGCAUGGGCAGCGCCGGACUCUACUUGCUGCGACUCGCCCUGCGCAGCCCUGAUGUCUGCUGGGACAGGAAGAACAACCCUGAGCCCUGGAACCGCUUGAGCCCCAACGACCAGUACAAGUUCCUGGCUGUCUCCACCGACUACAAGAAGCUGAAGAAGGACCGGCCAGACUUCUAAGCCAGGGCGGGAGGGUUCUGCGUAAAUCACUCUCUCCACUCCCUGCCCCAGACCCUGGGGCGUCAGUCUAGCUGCAUCGCCCAGCUUCUGCUUACUCGGGCUGGAUUCCCACGCAGAGGGGAGGCCGCCCCACCCCCACCCCUCCCUUGCUCCCAGGAGAGGAAAAGCCUCUGACCCUCAGCUUGAGUCCCACGUGGGGGAGGGGACUCGCCCGCAGGCAACAGUUGGGGUUGACCCAAAAAGCCCAAGCCAGUCCCCCUUUCCUCCUGCCCCUCCCCAUGCCUGACUGGGCGUGGCACGGGCUACGUGUUGAGCAUGUCCUCCGUGUGCCAAUGGCAAGCAGGGGCCUGAGUGCCAGCGACGUGGCAGGCCGUUAGUGUUUGUUUUGAGCAGGGUUCAGGCGAGGGCGGCAUCUGUCCAGGCCCGACUGGGCUCCGCCUGGGUACCCAGCCUGCCUAGGAUGGGGUACCUCUACCAUGCAGUGAGCUCCUUUCCUGCCCAAGCCUGCAGCCCCCCAUCGAGGACACCCCGCCCGCCUUGCACCUGGGCAGUCGCCUCUCCCCGCCCCU